AUGACCUGCCCCGUCCCCGUCGGGGAGCGGCAGGGAUGUUCAGCAAUGCGCAUGUGGCGCAACGCAACGAACACUUUGGUUGCGCCUAAUGCUGAUGAAGCUUGGCAACAGGUUGUGGACGCCUCGCCGCCAGAUUCGCUCUGGCACUCGCUUAGAAACUGCGUAGCUUAUCAGGCGGGCGUGUGGCAGAAUCUGUUGAACAAAGGAAUAGACGACGUAAUCCAACCAGCGGCUUUCAAGCUCGCGAUAGUACUGCGGCACACGCCGACAGAGCGAACUGUUCGUCUGCUGUCCGACAUGUUGCGAUUACAUCCACAAUCACAAGACCUAACGUCCUACAUCCUCGCAUUGUUGACUGAUGACGAAGCGAUAUGCUCUGGGGGAUGCAGCAGUAACGAAUCAUCCUCUCCUACGUCCCCCGAAAGCUCAGAUGAGAACCCGCAAGCCGAUGAUGAAGAGUCAGAGCCUACCAUAGAUUCUGAUAAUGAGGCUGAAGCGGUACCUAUCCCCGAUGAUCCAACGGAGAAAGCCGCUAGAGGGGAUACUGCGCCGCGCCCAGACAGCCCAGAUCGCGCCGACCAACCUGACAGUGCAACCGGGGCCAACGAAGAAGAUAGUUUACCGAAACCAGACAGUGCGAGCGGUGGGGUUGAACCGGAUAGCGUUGAACCGGAUUCUGUAGAAAAUGUAGAUGGUGAGGGAGCUGUGGGGGGUGACCUGCCUCCGGCGCCCGCCACUCCUUCCGGCCCCGCCCCGCUGCGAGACCUUCAGCUCUUCGGUGACUGCGAGCUUGCCGUACUAGCGGCUUCGAGAGAAGAAUACGAUGCGCAUGCGAAACUAGUUCGGGCUGAGUACUCGAAGCUCUCUCAAGAUAACUAUGUCGAAUUAAGAAUUAAAGUACUGAACCAGUUCUCGCAAAUCCCGAAGUUGUUCCACACGCCGGAAUUCGAGUGCUUCGAGGCGGCCGCUCGCGAGAAUAUCGAGCGCGAGAUCUGCACCUUGCGAGAACAUCUUCUCACUGGAAGAAAAGACUAG